AUGCUCACAAUAACCAGUGUAAUACGAGAAACUCUUAGAAAGGAGACUUGCAGGAAGAAAUUAUCUGGGUCGUCGUCCCAGCUUGGCUCAAACUGCAAAAUUUUACCGCGUUGUUCUCAGAUUGUCCCAACACACGGCAGUAAUACCCACGGUAAUGGCUGCUGGGGCUAACUACUGCCCUCACGCACCUCAAACACCUCCAUAAAGCAGUUGUUAAGGCGAGGGAACAGAGAGAGUAGAUAAUUACUAUGGUAGAUUGUUUACCUCGGGGCCACAAAUGUCAAAACUACGAGGCGGCGACACAGAGCCUUUUAACUACUGUGUGAGGCUCCCUUAUGCUGUGUGAGGCUCCCUAAUACUGUGUGAGGCUCCCUACUACUGAGAGCAUCCAUCAAGAUGAGUGGCAGAUACAGCAGAACAUACAGUCGUAAAAAAGCUGCCCCGCCGCCUAUAAGUCAGUUUGACAAGUUGGUGACCGAGCCGGGCAGCAGCAGCAGUACCAAGCCAUCGGCCACCAAGACAGCCGGCCACGUGGGCAAAUGGGGGAUUACAUCAUUUACGUCGCUACGAAGCAUCAAUGGUGGACUUGGCAAAGAUGACAGUGGUAAACGAUAUCUUGAGGAGUCACCACCAUCAAGUAUUGGGGACGAUGCCUACAGUUUUGACAGUGGAAACCCUGCCAAUGGGGCUUCACUUCAGGUCAGACCUCCAAUUAAAACCUUCAGUAAACCUCGAAAAUUUUUCAAGAGUAGGCAUACUGAGCUGGUAUCGGAGCCUUCCAAGCCCCUGGUGGAUAAAGCCCGGGGAAAGGUGAGCGACGGUCUGUACGGCAUGAAAAUUCCUCCUCUGUCAUCUUUUGAGACGCCAGACUCAAGCCAAGGGACAGUAAAGAGUGGCCUUGAAGUGAGUGGGGACAGUGUGUUUGAUAAGCUUGUGACGAGUGCUAUAACCAAACCAAACAAUUCUGAAACAGUUACCAGUUCAAAGUCUAGUAGUGGAAUCAAGUUAAAGAUUUUCAAGAGCAGAAAUGUUGCCUCGUGUUCUCAGGAUACUUACUCGAGCACGGUCGAAUUGCCCAGUGACGAUUCCCACCCCGGCAGCGCCUCUACCAGUGUCGCCAGUUCUCCAUCCACAAAAGACUUGAGUGAGGAAAACAGAGACUCUUCGGAGGAGGUUGCACCCUCCGCCUCCCCACUACCCGAGUACAAAGAUUCACAGGCCACUCCGUCGAGAGAUGCUAAUUACCACUCUCCAGAUAGACUGGACUCUCCGAACGGGACAUUAAACACGGCCGUGGAUUCUAGUUACGAGUUCGGUGGCCUCAUGGACCAGAGAACUGGCCUGCCUGUAGAUAUGUGUAUUGAUGAUAGUUUUAGUUUUUCAGGGAACAAAUCAAACAGUGAGCCGCCUCAGUGUGGUGUCAAAAGAUCUUAUGGUUCCAAAUUCUCAAAAUCAGGUGAAUUGAACAAAUAUAUCAGUAAAAAUAUGGUAUCGUCUUCAUCUGACAUUGAUACGCGGCAAAAUGUGUUAAGUGAGGAAGUUUGUGAAGGUCCUUUGGCAGAUGAUUUUGAUAUAUUUGGUAUGAGCUCAAGUGACUUUGGGGAACCUCAGAAAACACCGCCAGUUGGGGGAGGCGUGAGUCCCGAGGUGUCGUCUGGCGUUGGGGACGGAGAGAGUGACACCUUUGACCUGUUCAGUACGGACUUUGACGAAAAUGAAAUUGAAGACCGUACCAGCCUGGACUGUGCCGCUCCCAGUGGCCUGGCAAUCAAAGACUCAACUGCUAUGGCUGACACGCAGGAAAUGGAGGAUUUGCUGUUCUCAACUCAGGGUUCUCUUAUAUCUUCACAGACAUCCACCACUUCCUCCUAUGAGUCCUAUAAGCCAGGUCACUCUACAAAGUCAGAGAGUGAAGGUGUAAAAAAAACAGAGCAGCCUCCUCUGGUCAAAAAGAGAAGUAUCUUUAAGAGCAGAGACGCCGACCGGGACGCCAAAAAACGUGCGACGUACCGACACAAGUGGCACGACCAAGAAGACAAGGAGGACGGUUCUAAACAGACUCUGCCGGCUUUGCCGACCAGUCAGAGCACAUCGUCGGCUACCUCAGCCUUCGACGAGUUUGACUUUGAAACGCCGGCGUCUUUGAAAAGAGUUCACACCUGGCCUGGAACAUCCACAGGAGAUUUGGAUGACUCAACAGAAGCGCAGUCAGUGACAAGUGUCAAGUGUGCCAAGGGAGCGAAACAGUUUUAUACAGUGGUGAAGAACGUUAAAAAGACCCACCAGCUCCAGGAGUCAGGAGAGUUCCAAGAAUUUAACGACGACGUGGAGUAUUUUUUGGAUGCCUUACGACCCUCCAUGCCAGUAUCCACCCGGUGUUUGGCCGCCCUCAACCUUGCUCAGAAGUGCAUGGUGCCCGCCUUCAGGAUGCAUCUACGGGCUCAUGGUACGGUCAUCAAGUUCUUCAGCGCCCUGUCUGAUGCUCACUCUGAUCAUAGACUGGCAAUCUGUGCGGCAACAGUCAUGUUCACGCUCAGUCAAGACCGCCUUAAUAUGGAUUUGGAUCGUGACUCUCUCGAGUUGAUGCUAAACCUUCUUGACACUGAUGCUGACACUUCAGACGUUGUCGCCUCGGUCGAUGUCGCCUUUGUCACCCAGAAUAAGAAAAAGAUUCGGGAACUAUGCCGAGACAUGCAGAAGAAAGGCCAUGCAAAGCACCUCAACCUUGACAACAUCAAUGCGGGUAACCUAGCCAUGGAGACUCUCCUCAGUCUAACUUCAAAACGUGCAGGAGAAUGGUUUAAGGAGGAGCUUCGAGAGCUUGGGGGAGUGGAACACCUGGUACGCACCAUCACCCACUGCACGCAGCUUUUCUCCCCAGACUUGGACACUUGGACCCAUCCGCUGCUGGAGAAGUUGUCUAAGGUCGACCGCUGCCUCAAAGUCUUAGAAAAUGUAACACACCAAAACACAGCCAAUCAGGAGUACCUCCUGAAAUUCCAGGGCGGCAUUUUCCCUGAGAAGCUGGUAAGUCUGUACCGACUGUGCCACGUAGAAGUGCCCCUAUAUCCUGCCAGUGAGGCUCAGAACCAGAAGACAACUGUUGGGGGAGGGUCAACAGGCCAGCUACUAGUGCAGGCUCUCCUUACCACUAUUAAAGUUCUCAUCAACCUCACACACAACGCUGGCAAAGAAGCUCUAGGUAGUAAAAUAUUGGGUCAUCAGCAGGAAGUGUAUGACAUCACUCUCUAUUGCCUUCUCAUCAUGCCAAGAUAUUUAGCACCUGAGAAGAAAUUUGAGUUGCUGAUCUUAGCAUGCUGUUUACUUCUCAAUUUGGUGGAACACAGUAAAACAAAUCGUAAUUUUCUCAUGAAAACAAAUGCACCGGAUUUUCUGAACAAUGAUGACAACAACAUAUUUGGUGGCAUGAGUGAAAAGAAGGGCGCCAUGCAGGCCUUGAUAGAGCUGUUCUACCGUAGUGAGGAAAGUGCACGGCAGCAGGAGGCACACACCAAUGAGAUCAUCGACCAUGACCUCACGGAGCAGAGCAAACAGAAAGAAGACGAGAAAAAGGAAGACGAAAUUGAGGAAACUGUUGCUAAAUUGUUACAAAAAGCUGGUCACCACAUGGAAGACACGCUCAUAGCUGCCUACACUGCCCUACUAACUGGAUACUGCAUAAUGGAAGAUGAGGAAUGUGAAGCACAAAUUCGUGCUAUGCUUCCAAAGUCCAACUUCAGCUUGAUGGUGGCGGUGCUGAAGAAGUUCCUCCGCUUCAUGGACCUGACAGCUUCUACAAGUCUCCUGCGGAGCCUGAAGCCCACAGAGCGUGUUGUAAAGUACAUGGAAAAACUGGAUUCCAGCGGAGAAGAGGAAGCAGAAAAUGAAAAGAAAAAGCAAGAAGCCAAAGAAAUGGAAUUUGAUGCUUUUGGUUUUUAAGGCCGAGAGCAAAUGCCUCUCACUAAUCCUCAAUUUAUGCUCACAGCAAAUUUAAAUUUCCUAUUAUUUAUGAAAACCUCGAAAUUUAGGUUUGGUCUUAGGCAUUGUGACUUAAAAAAAAAUCUAACUGUUGGGGCUGUUUGGGAAAAUGGUGAAACUAAAAUUUCCAAUGGCUAACAGGUUCAUUAUGCCAGAUAAGAAUAAAGUAUAACUUAAUGCUGGCACAGAACAGCCUUGCCUGGUCUAAGAUAAGCAGACACUAGACCAGUUCUUCCUCUUCCUGGAAUGUUUGUCUGUGGCGCCAAGAGUACAAUUUGCAUUUUUCUCCCGUGCAUCUGAUGGUAGCUUAGGGUAGUUAGUGCAAUACACUGCAGUAUCCUUAACUCUGCCAUUCACUCUUUACUGGCCAACCAAAACCAAAGAUAGCUGCACCUGAACUGUCCUGUGAGGCUUUAUAAUAAUGGCAGGGGCAGAGUUUUGUUAGAAGAGGUCCUGUGAGAAGGGAUGUCAAUCCUGGAGCGGAGAGAUGUGUAGCUGAUAGUGUUACUCUAGUGUGUAGUAAAAUAGUGUCUUUUACAGUUUUAAAUUUGAAAUCCUGAAGAAUGACAGAGACUAUUUUUUUGCCAAACAGAAUUUUCUGUACGUGUCACAUGCAACGGUGACUUGGUUCCUUAGGGCGAGAUGGCGCUUGAACGGUCGGCAUGCCAAACUUGUGCUGCUACAAACAUGAAUAUUCAGAACAUUUUCUAGAAGAGUAUUGCAAUGCAUAUUUUGAUAUACAGUACUUGCAUGAUAAAACUAUGUCAAGGGAAAGACAUAAUGGUUAAAUAGUAAUAGUAGCAGUGUGCUGUGAGCAUACCCGACAACAUGUGUCCUCUCCAAUAAGGGUCCAAGGAAUGUAUGUUUUAUGAGUGCAUUGUUUUUUGCUUUAUAUAAGGAUUCUGUAUUUCUCAGCAUACGCAAGAGAAGUGAACUGUGAUGUGAAUGUCCAGAAGUACAGGAUCUUCGGGAAAAUUCUACCAGUGACCUGAUUUUUUUAGUGAUGGAAUGCAUUCAUGUCAAUAAGGGUUAUUUUAUUUCUACUUGUGUGAUAGUUGAGUAUGCAUGCUGUUAUCAUUGUCUCAUAUACAGUACAUUUCCACAAACCAUAUGACCUUGUUUUCUAUUUGCACCUGAUGUCUAUAUAUUAAAAGGUUCCCAAUGUGAACCAGUUAUUCCUUUUACUGUAUGUAGUAACCUCCCAGAGAUCUCAGAAUAUAAUAUUUUAUGUUGAUUAUUUCAUCUGUCUUUUUUUUAUAUUUUACCCUGUCAACACGUGAGAUGUGUAGCGUCGUAACCUGGUUCGACUACGACUUGUACCUUCACAAGAUGUACUGUUCACAUACUGUACAAGAGGCACCUUAUUUCACAUACCUUGUUCUUCUCUCACAUUUCUGUAAAUUCCUGAAAGUUUUCACAUGGAAAAUUAUAUUCUAUAUGCCAAAUUAUAUACUGAAAAUAAUAUAUUUAUGAUGAUUAACUUUGAACACACAGUUGGACACAAAUAACGAGAAUAAUGUACACGAAUUAUGUAUAUUAUUAAAAUAGCAAAAUACAUCUUGGUAUUUGUAAAUGAACGGUUUACCAAGUCUCUAUAAGACGUUGUGUGCGGGUAAUAAAAACACUUUUGAGAGUAGAUUUUGUCUCGAGUGUUGAUUUUAUUUUGACCAUUCAUCUGACUUACCACCUGUAAUAUUUCCUCAAGUAACAAUAAAAACUGCCAGAAAGGUUUAUAAACUCAGAUCAGGUCCUGUGAUGGCUGGAUCUUGAUUUGCUAAAUAAAAAAUUUACAUGAUUUUAGGAUGUGAAUAAUGUAAAAAGAGUAAUUUAUCUCAAGUGUUACCACAGGCAUGAGGUCUCUGAUACACACGGCAUAUAUGUAGAGUUAAAGAAAGUGUUCCAAUGACAAUUGAUGUGGCAUUUAUGUUGGUACAUUUUGCUGGAAAUAUUGGUUACAUUUGGUUUCUGAAUGACAGGUGUAGCAAGGAUCACAAUAAUAUGCAGAAGUAAGAGGGCUUUUAAAGCAUUGGCAAAUAUUUUUAUGUAUAAAAAGAAAACUACAUCUGGUUUUUGAAGUCUCUGUUCAGUGUAUAUAUUGAAGAACAGUGAAAUGCAUGCUAUAGUAGCACGUUCUAGAACCUGACUUAAAAAAAAUAAUUGCCAGGUAUGGUUUAUCAACAAUAAAUUGAGUCUUCUACAAGCACCACUACACAAACAGUAGGACUUCACUUUAUCGUUUAGUUAAAAUUCAAACCUGAUUCUCAAUCCACAUUUCGGGUAAAUCCCAGCAUUGUGUUGUUGUUCACACAGCAAAAUUGGUAAUACAAAAUUAAUAAUGAUAUGUGUAGUAAGAAUAUUUCAGGCAGUUGUGUGGUACACUAGAGUCAGGCUGGUGUUGACUUGUCACAUCUAAAAGUGAUGUCUAGAUCCCAAAGCUUUUUGUUGUGUAAUGUUUAGUUGGUGAAGAUGGUUCAUGGCAACACCAAACUUAAUCUUAUUCACAGUUUCUAUUUCCUCAGCCGCAUCAAGUGUUAUAUAUUACUCAAGUCGAGUCAUUGUGUCUGUUUCGGACAUUUAAGGUAGGGGGAGUUAAAUACAGUACUGUACUGUGCAGGUCUUUUGUAUGUACAGUACAGUACCAGGAAACUAGACAAGACUGGCGAAAUUUUACAGUAUUUACCAUUGAUACAGUCAAGACCAUGAAUCAGGCCAUUUGUAAUAGUUUCUGGUUGGUUAACCUGGGGCUAACCUUCAGGUGAGCACUUGGGGCUAACCUUCAGGUGAGCACUUGGAGGCUAACCUUCAGGUGAUAAGAUAGAUGAUGUGUUUUGUGAUGUAGGUGUGGACAACAUGACUGGUAUUAUUGUGGUCCAAACACCUGAAAUGUGAAAGUGAAGUAAUUCAAGAGGAAAGAUCUUGAAAUUCAUGUUUAAGGAGACAACUUACAUGUACAGUUACAGGUGCGGACAAUAGUUCUGUCUCGUCUCCUGCUGCUCCACGAACCCCGAGAUUCAGACUCAUGAACCCGAAGCAAUAGACACCGAAGCGUUAUUCUGUCCAUAAAUGCUUCGGGUUCAAGAGUCUGAAUCUCUGGGUUCAUGGAGCAGCAGGAGACAGUGCAGUACUGUACAACCAAUUUGAAAUUUUGUAUCAACGUUUUCUCUCUACAGUAUUGUGGAAAUAAAAGAUAAAAGUAAUAUUCAACAAAAAAGAACUGUAGUUUGUAUGGCUCAAAUAUGUGAUUUUAUCUAUAAUUUCCACAAUGGAAAUACAGAACUGUGAUAUUAAACUUCAUAUUGUGUAUACAAGUAAUACUGUAGUUGUAUCUGGACCUCUGAGUGGGAGAUACAUGCUGUGUAUGACCUUUGACCAGUAGUUAACAUUGUUGCAUUUAAAAAUAAUGUACACUGUACUUUGAAAUAGAAUUUCAGUAUUUAAAGUGCAGUAAUGUGAAGUUUACUAUUCAUACAAGACACACUCUUGGGUUGCAGAGAAAGUGGAUAUAAUAAUAAGUGUGAUAUUACAUAUGAAUUACAUAACUGGCUCACUAAUAUUAAUUUGUGAAAAUUUGUAUUCUCUGGCAUUCUGCAAAUUGCUCAAUAUGAAUUUGUUUAUUCCUGGAAUUACAGUUUGUAUUACAAUAUAAAAUUAACCAACUGCAGUAUUCAGUUGUAAUUAUACAUUUUUUCAUCCUGUUGAGUUUA